GCCACACGCCUGUCUUUCUCAGGCUGGCUGAUAGGAACGAUGAGCAGCAAGCGCAUGCAAAUGCCUCUUCUUCUUCUUCUUCUUCCUCUGUUUUGUCAAGUACUGGUGACACUCGCCGGAGCUGAAGCCCCGGCGGCCACGCCGCCGGCGACGUCGCAGGGUCUUCAGAAAGUUGCCAGGACGCUGCAAAUGUACGUGGACCCACUGCCGCAGAUGCCCAAAAUCUAUGGCUUCGCCGUCGAAGGAGGAUCUCUCCCUUCCCCUGUUCCUCUCGCCAUUGGCAUGUACCUUAGAACUUGGAAAUUCCACCGGGAUUUGCCGGCGACGCCGGUGUUUGUCUACGGCACCAGCUCCGGCAACGCCACAUUUCCCGGUCCCACCAUUAUCGCCCGCCACGGCGUGCAGCUGUCGGUGACGUGGGAGAACUACUUGCCCGACAAGCACAUCCUCCCCUUCGACCUCACCGUCCCCACUGCCUCUCCUAAGUUGGGCGGCGUCCCUACCGUGGUCCACCUGCACGGCGGCGUCCACCCGCCUCAGUCUGAUGGUAGCGCCUUCGCCUGGUUCACCGCCGGGUUUCGGGAGGUGGGCCCCAAGUGGACGCAGCGCACCUACAAGUACCCCAACGUGCAGCCGGCCGGCAACCUGUGGUACCACGACCACGCCCUCGGCCUCACCCGCGUCAACCUCCUCGCCGGCCUACUCGGCGCCUACAUCAUCGAGGAGCCAGACAUCGACUACCCCCUCGAUCUCCCCGCCGGCGACCAGUACGACCUCCACCUUGUCAUUGCCGACCGGAGCUUCAACAUCGACGGCUCCAUCUACAUGAACUCCACGGGGAACAACCCCUCCAUCCACCCCCAGUGGCAGCCGGAGUACUUCGGCGAGGUCAUCACCGUCAACGGCAAAGCAUGGCCCUUCCUCGCCGUACAACGCCGCAAGUACCGCUUCCGCAUCCUCAACGCUAGCAAUGCCCGCUACUUCCGCCUCGCGCUCUCCAACGGCCUCCCCUUCUACGUCGUCGGCUCCGACUCCUCCUACCUCUCCGCGCCGGUGAAGACGCAGACGGUGCUGCUCGCGCCGGCGGAGAUGGCCGACGUGGUGAUCGACUUCUCGCACGCCACGACCACCUCGGCGGAGCUGGUCAACGACGCGGCGUACCCCUUUCCGACGGGGGCGCCUGCGGCCGGGGCGCUAAGCGGCAAGGUGAUGAAAUUUGACAUACUCCCGGUGGGGCGGACGCCGUCGGAGGACAAAUCUAAGGUGCCGCCCACGUGCGUGACGUACGCAGCGGCGAACACGACGGGCAGCGUGGUGAAGACGAGGUACAUCACGAUGUACGAGUAUGUGAGCGCGGCGGGGACGCCGACCCACCUGUACAUCAACGGGCUGAGGCUGGAGGAUCCGGCGACGGAGACGCCCAAGUCGGGGACUACCGAGCUGUGGCAGGUCAUCAACUUGACCAACGACAACCACCCGCUGCACAUCCACCUGGGAAUGUUCCAGGCGAUCCAAGCGACAGAGCUGCUGAACCUGGCAGCGUUCCGGAGCUGCAUGACGGCGGCCAACGACGCCGUCAAGUGCAACGUGACGGCGCACGCCGUGGGGAAGGUGGUGACGCCGCCGGAGCACGAGAGGACCUGGAAGAACGUGGUGAAGAUCGAGCCGGGCUACAUGACCAGCGUCGUCGUCGCCUUCAAGCUCGUCGACACCAAUCAAAACUAUCCCUUCGAUGCCACAGCAGAGCCCGGAUACGUUUAUCAUUGCCACAUAUUGGAUCACGAAGACAAUGCCAUGAUCCGUCCAUUGAUAUUGGUUUGAAGGAUUAUAAUUAUUGUUAUAUUUUAUUUUCUAAGUGUGUUUUAGGGUUAAUUUGUCAUUUGAUGGGGAAUAAGGACUCUUGAGAUUUCAUAAAAUUAAGGGAUAUUUAAAGGUUAUGCAGUGGGUUGUUGAUAUAAUUAAUUCGAUAAAAAGUUAUUUCUUUUAGUUAA